AAAGCUGUCCUAGAAUAGGCCUACAUCAAGGCAACCGCACCUAUGGCAAUAGGAUAAUAAAAGGGAGUACAUGUUCUCCCUGUGGGAGGCAGCAAUGUGCCGGGAAAGCAUCCGGUGACUGGGUCAGAAGAAGACCGUUGUUUCAGACCGGAUGCAUUUUCAUAGCACACACAGCUACCAUGGACGCUGUAUCCCAGCGUGUUUUAGAGAAUUUGACAGAAGUUGAGGAGGCAGCGGAGGAUGUUCUGACCAGUAAACAACAGAUAGUUGACCUGGACACCAGGAGGAACAGGAACAGAGAGGCGCUAAACGCACUGAAAAAUGAAAUCUUAGAUUCAGAGAAAGUGAAAGUUUGCUUUGGGAACAUGUUCAUCCAAUUUCCUAAAUCAAAGACGAGGGAGAUGAUUCAGAAAGACCAAGAGCAGCUGGACCAGGAGAUCAACGAACUUCGCAAAGGACUGAAAGCUAAAGUCAACCGUCUCAAUGAGAUGCAAGGGAAACCUGAGCUCAGAGGCUACAAUCUUUCUCCUCUGUCCACUGAUGAAAUCAAAGCUAUCAACAGCAUUUUAUAAAGCUGACUAAAAAUGUGAGGACAUAAGGACAGAGCCUGAUGCUACUGUGACGUGCUAACCUCUGGAUGAGCUGAAGGCGCUACACUAGCUUCCUGGAUCAUUGACAUCUUCAUCACCAGCCUUUAGGACAUUUUGGAAAUUCAUGUCAAAGAUUGUAUCCUGUGUCUUACAGUUAAUAGGUGGCUACCGUUUUUUUCAAACUGGACCUCAACCUGUGACGUUG